UUUCUUCCUAUAGCGAUAGAGCUACGGUCGUGUUAACGCGCGUCCGCGCAAUAGUCGAAGUGAAAAAUGACUCGAAAUAAAUUUUACAAUGUUUUUAAUACAUUUCUCAAGUGUUUUCAAGUGCCUGAAGAGAAAAGUUUGGUUUUGCAGAAGUUGGACUAUAAGAAAAUGGCGCUUAUAACCGAGGAGAUGGAUCUGGAGAAGGAGUAUUCCCCGAGCAGAUGGUCUACCAGAUUCAACUCCGCUGAAGAGGUGCUCCAGAACCACGUCGCGGUAGUGACAUCAGCUAGCGAAACUGCUGUCAACAACGUCCCUCACAAACUGGAAAUAGAAUACGGUGCGACACCCGGACAAAAGUUAGAUAUUUUGGGAACGGAUCUGCCAGAUGAUGCCCCUAUUAUGGUUUUUGUUCACGGUGGUUACUGGCAGGAGAUGUCCAGGGAGAGCUCUAGAUACCCAGCGCUGCCGCUCUAUCGAUCCAGGAUCAAAACAAUCGUGGUUGGCUACGACCUGUGUCCCGCCGCAACUCUCCCUGAAAUUGUGAGCCAAGUGCAAAAAGCAGCUAAAUUCGUCUUCGAGUACGCGGAAAAGAUGGGUUCAAGAGGUAUAUACUUCACUGGACAUUCGGCCGGCGCACAUCUAGUCGCGAAACUAUUGUCAAACGCAGACUUUUUGGACAACGUACCAGGAACACAUCGCUUGCAAGGAGCCUUUCUUAUAUCGGGCAUAUACGAAUUAAGAGAGCUAGUCCAUACUUCUAUCAACGACGCGGUCCAGCUACCUCAAGAGUGGGCUAUCCCCCUCUCGCCUCAAUUUGAUUGCUUCACACACUUACAAGUCAGAAGAAUGCGAAUUUAUAUCCUUGCAGGCCAAAACGAUAGCCCUACAUUCAAAAAGCAAUCGCGAGAGUUCUUUGAACUUCUACAAAACACAUGUUUGAUACAAAACAUGUUUUUGGAGAUUAAGGACGAUAUGGAUCAUUUCGAUAUCGUCGAGUGUAUUGCGAAAGAUGAUAAUUAUCUUAAAAAUCUAUUAGUGUACGACGUACGCAAGCAUUUAUAAUUUUAAACGAUUUUGUUCCUGUUGAAUGUAUUUGUUUGUAUAUUUGGGAAUAAGAUACGAUAUUAAAUUUAUAUAUUUUGAAAUGGCGCAAUUCACAUUCAAUUGGUAUGAAUACCGAUUCGUUUUGGAGCAAACAGAGUUCGCGGUCGCGCCCUUUCUUGCACUGCGUGCUUGAGCUCGUAAUACCAACGCAGCUUGACGGGGCGAGGAGCGCGGGGUGUGCCGGUGAUAACCUAAGCCGUUUAAAGUAUAUAGUUGUUAAUUUUUAACGUUUGUCUAUUGUUCUACAUACCGACGUAAAUCGAAACUUAUAGUAAGAAUAUUAAUUAUUAUUAAGUCUAUAGAUUCAAAAUUGAUUGAAAUGUGGCUAAACCAAGUCGUAAUACUUGGUAAAAGAGAUAGCAAGUGCGCAAAACUAUCCAUAAUCAAUUUACGUGAGAAUAUUAUUUUUUUCAAUAUGAGAAAUCAAGUGAGUGAAAAUAUAUUUUUUUUAAAUAUUAUCAGAGUAUACAUAAGUAAUUAUAAUUAAAUAUACUAUAAGUGUUAUAUAACUUUAUGAAUAUAGAAUAGGAAAUAUGUACGUAGUUGUAUUAAUCUCGCCUUCAUUAUGUUUUCAUUUUUAUUGUGUUCAAAGCUUGCAUCGUUUUAUUUUAUUAUUAGGAUUUAUAAUGUUUUUAAAAUAAUGUUUUAAUAUAUAAUGGCCAUAAUUUUUUUAUAAGGCUCUGUAGUGCAAUUUAAGACUAUAUACCGCUGGACGUACGUAUAAAAUAAAUCAUUAUAAGAUGUUACAAUGGUUCGUAGAGUCAGUCUCUCGAGCGAUUGCCAAUUCCGUGGCCAUCUGGAGGGCAAAGCCAAAUUGGCUUCAAAGAAACUGGGCGUCAUUAAUAGAGCACGGCAAUACUUCAAGCCGGCCCACAUUCUAGCGCUGUACAAAGCGCAGGUCCGGCCACACAUGGAGUAUUGCUGUCAUCUCUGGUCUGGCGCACUCCAGUAUCAGCUCGAUCCAUUUGACCGCGUGCAACGCAGAGCAGCGCGAAUUGUCGGGGACCCAGUACUCUGUGAACGGCUGGAUCACUUGGCGUUGCGUAGAGACGUCGCUUCAUUGUGUGUCUUCUACCGCAUUUAUCACGGGGAGUGUUCCGAAGAGCUGUUUUACCUAAUUCCUACCGCCGAAUUCCACCUUCGCAUGACACGCCACAAAUUAGGAUAUCAUCCUCACCAUCUGGAUGUGUGGCGGUCCUCCACAGUGCGGUUUACAAGGAGCUUUCUUCCACGUACUACAAAGCUGUGGAAUGAACUUCCUUGUGCGGUGUUUCCGGGACGAUACGACAUGGGUACCUUCAAAAAAAGCGCGUACACCUUCCUUAAAGGCCGGCAACGCUCCUGUGAUUGCUCUGGUGUUGCAAGAGAGUAUGGGCGGCGGUGAUCACUUAACAACAGGUGACCCGUACGCUCGUUUGUCCUCCUAUUCUAUAAAAAAAAAAGUCUCGAGCCAGAGUUUGGCGAGUCAACAGUUCCUGAGGAUGCCUUGUGAAGAGGCGAAACACGCGUCGAAUUGUUUAAAGACAAAUAUUGGCAGAAUUAAAACUAAAGAAAACUCAAAACAUUUGCAUAAUUAUGGAUUUCCGCAAAGUAACGCCAACUACAAUAAAUUUUCGUCUUAGAAGGAUUGCCUUCCCUUCAAAAACUGUCAUUAAAAAUUAUGUUGUUACUCUGUAGAGCACUAAAACAUUCCAAGAUCAUUAAUUAAGACUUAAACAUUCCAAAAUCAUUAUUAUCAUCAAAUAAUCUGCUGACAUCAUUCCGAUUUUCUGAAAAUAACUCAAAAUCAUGCAGUUUUCGUCGCGACUCGAAUACGCGUUGUUAAUGUUGCUGAAUGUCUGAUGUCUUUCUGCUCUCAUGAUGGCGAUGAUAUAUAUAUUAGAACCGAUUGGAACAUUAAUAUCACUCAAAUAAAACAGAAAACAAAAUUUUAUGAACGAUGCGGGACGGUGCGAGUGCUCUUUCCAACUGAGCCAACCGUUCGAGUGACGUAUCGUUAAUAAAAUCUUGUAUGCUUUGUUCAACUCUCAGGUUGUGGCUCCAUUUACAGGAUCUACUUUACAGUUUAUAACCUGCUCAACCCCAAUAUUUGAAUAUUAGGAAAUUGACUUGAGACGUCGCUCUUGCUAAUCUAAACAAUUUGUUAUGUUUUUAAGGUGAUAACCCUCACUUCUGGGAUUAAUACACAAAUAAAACCAAAAACAACAUUCUAUUAACAAUGCGGGACUCGAACCCGCGACCUCUCGCGUUCCGUGCAAGAGCUCUUUCCAACUGAGCCAACCGUUCGCGUGACGUAUCGUUUAUAAAAUCUUGUAUGCUUUGUUCAACUCUCAGAUUGUAGCUUCAUGAAAUUUUGUUUUCAGUUUUAUUUGUGUAAAUCAAUCAAAAUCUCAGAAGUGAGGUUUAUCACUUUGAAAAGAUAACAAAUUGUUUACAUAAAUCUCACUCAACAUGGUAACGUGAGAAAAAUUAAAAGUCCUUUAAAAAUUUCAAAGGAUAUAUUUUGGACUGUGCUAAAAGGCCGCACAUGUGUGUUUAUUAUUAUUACAAUAAAUCUGAAUAUUAUAUAAUAUAAUUGUUAAAUCCAUAUUUUAAGUUAAGCUAAGAAAGGAAAUAUUAUGAAAAUAAAUAAUAUUUUAACAUAAAUAAAGACUUUAAUAUUAGUAAGAAUAGUUUAUAUAAAUAUUUAUGUUAAAUUGAUAACCAAUAAAAUAAUAGUAUAAUGAUAA